UUAUGCUAGCUGAGCUGCAAAGCUGCGUUCCUACGAGAGCCUUGAAUCUCACAAGUCAUCACAUUUUUAUCAAUAAAUAGAGACAUUUGUAUGUAACACCGUAAAGUUUUCCUACAUAGUCCGCUUAUCUACAGAAAUAUACGUACAUCAUUUGAAGUAUGAUAAAUGAAAGGCCUCGAAUGUGAUAGAUUUGAGAGAAAACUGACACAACGAUUUUGUUUGGUAGCACUGUUUUCUGAAGUGGUCAUGGAUGAAUGCAGCACCAGUCAGCAAUCUGAUAACAGUAAGAUGGACAGCUCUAAAGAAGCUGCUCUCUUGGCCCUGAUGGACAGGACAGGCUACAGCAUGGUUCAGGAAAAUGGUCAGAGAAAGUUUGGUGGUCCACCUCCAGGUUGGGAGGGCCCUCCUCCUCCAAGAGGUUGUGAGGUGUUUGUGGGUAAAAUCCCAAGAGACAUGUAUGAGGACGAGCUGGUACCUGUUUUUGAGCGGGCUGGUCGUAUCUAUGAGUUCCGUCUGAUGAUGGAGUUCAGCGGGGAGAACCGUGGCUAUGCCUUCGUCAUGUACACCACACGCGAGGGAGCCCAACGAGCCAUCCAGCUCCUAGACAACUAUGAAAUCCGGCCCGGAAAGUUCAUAGGAGUAUGUGUGAGUCUAGACAACUGUCGCCUUUUUAUCGGCUCCAUCCCGAAAGACAAGAAAAAGGAGGAGAUCCAAGAAGAAAUGAUGAAGGUGACUGAAGGGGUCAUGGAUGUGAUUGUGUAUCCCAGUGCAAUGGACAGGAUGAAGAAUCGUGGCUUUGCCUUUGUUGAGUAUGAAUCCCACAAAGCAGCUGCCAUGGCUCGCAGGAAACUCAUACCAGGAACAUUUCAGUUGUGGGGUCACACCAUCCAGGUUGACUGGGCCGAACCAGAAAAGGAAUUAGAUGAGGAAACCAUGCAGCGAGUGCGAGUCCUCUAUGUUCGUAAUCUCAUGUUGAGCACCACGGAGGAGACGCUUCGCUCUGAGUUCUCACGCAUGAAGCCUGGCUCUGUGGAACGGGUUAAGAAGCUGACGGAUUAUGCCUUCAUCCACUUCUAUAACCGCGAGGAUGCCCUAACCGCUCUUGAGUCCAUGAAUGGGAAAGUUAUAGAUGGUUCGCCCAUUGAGGUGACUCUUGCUAAGCCUGUCAGCAAAGAUGGGACUAAAAGAUCUGGGUUGCGGAAUAGCUAUGGUGGAGUGGCAGCUGCUGGAAAUUAUGGUGAUUCCAACUUCUUGUUCCAGAGCAGAGAUGACGUGACCAUCGGCUUGGGAACAGGAGCAGUAAGUGAUGGGUUAACCGUGCGGCCCCUCAGCCUGCCGCCUCACUUGGGCAGCCCGUAUGCAGUAGACUUAGAUCGCUGUGUGUAUCCGUUCCUACCCGGAUCCACUGUGGUCCCAGUCAGCCUGAACAGCCUGAAGCCCAGCCAGCUGAGCUCAGCUGUAUCAUUGCUCGAUUACUACUGCCACAAGAAUGACUGGUCUCUGCCGGAGUAUAAUCUCUACACCCUAGCCGGACAAGAGGGAAAAAUGCUGCUCAUCUACAAAGUGGUUAUCAGCAGCACCAGGAGCAGCUUCAUGCCUGAUAAAGCCUGCACCAUACUGGAGGACGCCAAGGAGCUUGCUGCCCAGAAUGCACUCUGGAACCUGGAUUGCUCUAUCAGUUCCCCUGGCUCCCCUGUGAAUGUUUCUCCUCCUGCACCUUCUGGCUCUGGUUUCCUGUCCUUUGGAUGUAGGUCUGUGCCUUACCCAGCAUACCCCAUGUCCUCCAUCUCACCUCCCCUACCCAUCUCCUGCUCCUCUGCCCAAAGACUCUUCAUUCCCAACCAGUCAUCCUUCCUGUAGUCAAGCCAUCCAGUAUUUGUGAACUUACUUUUACUGUGUUUCUUAAACGUUCAUAUGAGUAGUUUUUUAAAUAGUUUCACUGACUUUUUUGUUUAGUGCUGUUUCGGCCGGAUGACUAGCAGCAUUGGCAAGAUUUUUUUCUCAAUUCACAUAUUAUAACAUUCAAGUCACUGUUGUUGUUUCUUUACCUGAGUAUUUUAUAUAUUCUGUUUGGGUGUUUAUUUCCCUUUUUAUUCUUAAGAAGUAAGUUAUUUACUUGUGUUAGACACAGUGUUUGAAUAGAAACAAAAUAUACAAACUGUUAUGCUAUUAAAACGAAGAAAAUGGAUGCAUAUUCUUAAUAAGGCGAUAGUGGGUUGGUAAUGUUGCGCGUUCAACUUUGUGUUACAUUUCCCU